GCGGAAAUGGGGCCUUGCAGGUCAUCUCUCCGCGCCUACCUAAGGGCGCGCCGGGCUGCUGGCGCCGCUCGAUGACGUCACGGUCAUUGACAGCGUGCGGCGGCGGCCGCGGUGGCUGCUACCCGGGCUGGGGGCGGCCGGGUGCAGCAUGUCUAGACUGGGGGUCCUGGGCGGCGCCCAGGCCGGGCUGGGACUGUUGCUGGGCACCGCCGCGGGCCUUGGAUUCCUGUGUGCCCUUUACAGCCAGCGGUGGAAACGGAGCCAGCGCCACGGCCACAACCAGAGCCUCCCUAAUUCCCUGGACUACGCGCAGACCUCAGAGCCAGGACGCCAGGUGAGGCUUCUCCGAGCAGUCCCAGGGGAAGCGGGAGAUGCUGCAGUGCUGCUCAGCCUUCCACGAGAAGGGCAGGAGGAGGUGCUGGACCGCCUGGACUUUGUGCUGACCAGCCUGGUGGCCCUGCGGCGGGAGGUAGAGGAGCUGAGGAGCAGCCUGCAGGGGCUUGCUGGGCAGAUUGUUGGGGAGGUCCGAUCUCAUAUGGAAGAGACCCAAAGAGUGGCUCGGCGGCGAAGGUUCCCAUUUGCCCGGGAGAGGAGUGACUCAACUGGGUCCAGCUCUGUCUACUUCACGGCCACCUCUGGAGCCACGUUCACAGAUGCCGAGAGCGAAGGCGGUUACACAACAGCCAAUGCUGAGUCUGACUAUGAGCGGGACUCUGACAGGGAAAGUGAUGACGGGGAAGAUGAAGUGAGCUGUGAGACUGUGAAGAUGGGGAGGAAGGAUUCUCUGGACCUGGAAGUGGAGAUGGCUUCGGGCCCGGUGGCCAGAGCCCCGGAGACUGGAGGCUUCCCUGGCCUGGACGAUGUGCUGCCCCUCCUGCAGCAGGCUGACGAGCUUCACCAGGGCGGCGAGCAGGGCAAGCGGGAGGGCUUCCAGCUGCUGCUCAACAACAAGCUGGUGUAUGGAAGCCGGCAGGACUUUCUCUGGCGCCUGGCCCGGGCCUAUAGUGACAUGUGUGAGCUCACAGAAGAGGUGAGCGAGAAGAAGUCGUAUGCCUUGAAUGGAAAAAAAGAAGCAGAGACUGCCCUGGAGAAGGGGGAUGAGAAUGCUGAAUGUCACCAGUGGUAUGCAGUGCUUUGUGGUCAGCUGGCUGAGCAUGAGAGCAUCCAGAGGCGCAUCCAGAGUGGCUUUAGCUUCAAGGAGCAUAUAGAAAAAGCCAUUGCUCUCCAGCCAGAAAACCCUAUGGCUCACUUUCUCCUUGGCAGGUGGUGCUACCAGGUCUCUCACCUGAGCUGGCUUGAAAAAAAAACUGCUACAGCCUUGUUUGAAAGCCCUCUCAGUGCCACUGUAGAGGAUGCCCUCCAAAGUUUCCUAAAGGCUGAAGAACUACAGCCAGGAUUUUCCAAAGCAGGGAGGGUAUAUAUUUCCAAGUGCUACAGAGAACUAGGGAAAAACUCUGAAGCUAGACAGUGGUUGGAGUUAGCCCUGGAGCUGCCAGAUAUCACCAAUGAGGAUUCAGCUUUCCAGAAGGACUUGGAAGAAUUGAAAGUAAUUUUAAGAGAAUAGUCACAUUUCAGUGACUUGAAGGAACUGCCCUGCUUAGAUCAUCCGGAAUCUAAGACUGCUUAAGUGAGGGUCCUGACUCCCGGGUUUGACCGGUAUACAUAAUCAUUCCCCAAUUUCUUUCCUGUUGCCCCCUGGUUAAUUUAUUCUAAUCCCUUAUCUGAAAUUGGGGAAGCACUUAAGGCCUGGAUUGCUGUAGAAGUGAAUUCUUGAAAAAUCAAGAGUAGUAUACAUAGCACUGAAGGCUGCCUUCAGCCUGCUGAUGAGGUGGAUGAACUUCAAAGAGCUAUAGAAACAAAACACAGAACUUGUACUCCCUAAUCUUUUCUAUUAAUAUUUAACACCAAAGUAUAGAGUUCUAAGGCUGUCUAUCUGGGUAAAAGGAAAGGUCAGGGCAGCCCAUGGAUAGUGCCCUCUUCUCACGUAUCAUGUGAAUUUUAACUAUUCCUGGGCCGAGAGGCUGGACGACUUCACUUCCAAAGUCCUGAUAGCUUUUGGAAGGACACCAGUGUGUAAAGCUUAGGAGAUUGUGGAACAAUGUUCUGAGGAGUUGCCUGGAAUAUAUUUUGGUACAAACCUGAAAUAAACCAAAUUUGAUUAUAUUCCCCUA